AACACAUUAAAUGAAAAAAGGAGAAAAAAUAUCCUAGGUCUUGUAGAUUAAAAAGAACUGAAAGAGAAAAAAAGCGACCAAAGUGCGGCAGGCUUGUUUCCCUUUUAGGGCCCCUCCCCCAACCCAGAGGACCUUCCCGCCACAGCUCUCUCGGUUUUCAGUCAGGUCCGCAAACAUUAUCUAUAAAAGGAAGCUGCCAAAAAAAACCCUCCAUUUUUGCUCUCUGCCUGCUUGACUAUGUCUGGACGUGGCAAGGGAGGUAAGGGCUUGGGAAAAGGAGGUGCCAAGCGCCACCGGAAGGUUCUGCGGGACAACAUCCAGGGCAUCACAAAGCCUGCCAUCCGGCGCCUGGCCCGCCGUGGCGGAGUCAAGCGCAUUUCCGGCCUCAUUUAUGAAGAAACCCGUGGCGUGCUCAAGGUGUUCCUGGAGAACGUGAUCCGGGACGCCGUCACCUACACGGAGCACGCAAAGCGCAAGACGGUCACGGCUAUGGACGUGGUCUACGCGCUUAAACGGCAGGGCCGAACCCUGUAUGGCUUCGGUGGCUAAAUAGCAUUUUGUAGCCAUAUUUUCUAAAAAGCCCUUUUUAGGGCCCCCAAUCUUUCAGCAAAAGAGUUGUAAUGACUACAAGUCAGGUCUUAGAACCGUUAUCACUGGAUUUCUCCAUGCUACUUGCUAAGUUAAAUGGGAGUGUUGAAAACCAGCAGGCGACCGUGGACCGAGAUUUUCCGAGGCUGGGAUGAAGUCUCCGAUAGCUAGUCGCUUACGGCAGCAGAUUGAAAUUAUGGUAGGGUUGAUCAGCGAGUAAAGUCCAUGAAGCCAAGGAUCUAAAUAGGUUUUUGCUGGACACUUAACCUUACCCUGUUCCUUUGACUUACACGAUGUCUCACAGUGAGAGGUCUUGGGAAGAACUGCCUUAUGUUCCACAAAGGGGAGGAGUCUCGAGAGUAGCUGUAGUCACUGGUUUUAAGUAGAAAUUGUCCCUGAGAUCUCUACUGGGAGUCUUGGAGAAAAUGUAUCUUCUCCCUAUCUUCUCACUACAGUGGAACACAGUUGUGGGUUACCUGUGGUCUUGGGGCCAUAUUGUGGCCUUCUGGAUCUUUGAGUGGCCUUUUGACUGAAUCCAGUUUUUACAGACUAAAUCCUUAAAACGGAUGCAGAAGAAAAAAGAUGAAGCUUUUCUUGUCUCCUUUGGUGCUUAAAAAAGAACAAUCUUGAAAUCAAAAGGCUGCAGGUUCCCCACCUAUCGUUGGUAUACAUUUAACUUCUUUACUAUGUUUGCCUUCUGGUAGUAUUUUUAAGUGCUGAAAAUGUACCAGGUAUUUCCACAAAAGACUAGGUGAACAUCAUACUCAUUUAACCAAUACAGUAAAAUGUCUUAGUAUGUCCAUUCUGAGUAGCAUAAGCUUCCUUUUUCCCUACUGAGAGUUAACUAGUAUUCUGAAUUUGGUGUUUAUUGCUCCCAUGCUUUUGGAUGCACAUACCCCUAAUCAAUGUAUGUAUCACUUUACACGUUUUAAAAACUUUCUACAUUUGGUUUGAAAAUAUAGCCCUGUUGGAAUGUGCAGUUCUAAUUUCUAUCAUUAAUAAAGUUUUCUAAUGUGUCAAUACAAAAUAUACAUUCAUUUCUCUAUUGGUAGAUAUUUAAAUUGUUUUAUUUUCCCCCCUUUACAGGGCUGCAAUGGGCAUUGCUAUGCAUAGCUGUACCCUCUAUAGUUACAUUAUUAGGAGUGGAAUUGCUUAAUAACCAAAUGCUUGCUAAUAUGUGCAUAUUCAACACGAAUAGAGGUAAACAAUUUGCUUUCUAGGGUAGUAUUUUUUAGUUUACACUGUCACACUCCACCAGUAGUGCUUGAGAGUUUUUGUUAUUCCAUAUCUUCAUCAGCAUCUGCUGAUGUCCGUAAAAAAUUUUGAGAGUAUAAAGAUUUGUUAAAUGGUAUCUCAUUAAGUUGCAUUUUUCUAAUUAUAAUAAAAAUGCAUAUUUUUAAUGGGAUUUUUGUCUAUUUGAAGAUUUCCCUCUCUUCUGGAAAUGUUCUGUUGAGAUUCUUUGGCCAUUUUUCUUAUUUUCUACGAUUUUUAUGAUUUGUAUUUUUUAUAUAUUUUACUUUUAAUAACCCUUUGUCAGCAUGUGGCAAAUUUAUUGUCACCUUGUGGAUUUGUUUUUAAAUGUGGUAUCUUUGGAUGUAUAAAAACAAUUUUAAUAAUGUUAGACAUAUUUUCAUAGUUUUUGAAUGCUGCCUUUUCAUAUAGGAGUUAUCCUUCCCUUCCCCACCCCCAACUUCCCCCAGAGAACUACAGGAUCAAUCUGCAAGACAAUUGAGGCUGCUUAUCUCAUGAUUUGGAUAGUAAAGCUUUUCUGAAACAGCUGUAAGGCAAAACUCCUUCACCCUCUGAAGGAUCACUGAAAAAUACUCAUAAUAAAGCAGAUUAGUAAGAGGAAGCUUGUUUAUUCUAAAGUAUAUUCACUGGGAACCACAGAAAAUGAGGAUUCAAGGCCCCAGUGGGGUUCAGAAAUUUAGGCACUUUCUGGUAAAAUGGGUUACAGGAGAGGGGGAAGGAGGAGUUCUGUUGAGAAGCAAUAAAGGACCACAGGAAAGGAUAAAUGGAUGGGAUUAACUGGUAAAUAGUUCUCUUUGAAAUCUGAAUGAAUCUGAGAGAUAGACAUUAUCUUGUAAAAGAGCCUGUUCAGGUGUGGUUACAUUUUUGUUCUUCUUUUCGGCCAUACUUAAUAAGAUUACAGGGAGGGGAAGAAAACAAUUGUUCUCCUUGGUGGGUCUGGAUCUCAAUAAAGUUUCUCAAUAAAGAAACUUCAACGAUUUGGGGAGAGUAGGUGGUGGUGGGGAGGGGUGGGGGGAAAGUCUGAGAUAUCUUAAGGCUUCAGUCAGUCCAAAAUGUCAAAAUGCAAAAAAUAAUAAAAUUUUAAAAAUGUCAAAAUGCCAUACUGUGGGGUAAAAAUAUUUCUAAUUUCCUUCAGUAGCAUACAAUAAAUAGCUCCAGGGUAAAAAUCAAAAAAGAGGAGUCAGGUAUACCUGAAGGUAGUAGUCAUCAUCCAAGUGGUGUAUUCUAGACAAACUACCAAAAGUCUUGUGUAGCUGGAGCCUAGAAUACUUAUUGGAGAAAACACGCUAAUAAUAAAUAAUGUAUGUUGUUUUUCUUAAACUUUUUUUUUUUUCCCAAAGAAAUCUAAAUAGGCAGAGGCACUAUACUGGUACAAUUUACUCCUGUCAGCUACGUGAGAUCAGCCUAGGGAUUAUGCUUAUUUUUGCUAUGAAUAUUUUGUUAUGAAAAUGAGGUCAGGAGCAGAUGGGGAAGUGAAGAAGGUCCUGCUUGGGAAACCACUACAAAAAGUUCAAAUUACACUAUCCUCUACCUUUACAUCAGACUUAUUCCCUUCUCCUUUGCUCUCUUCUCUUCGAAAAUUAAAUAUUAAAGUAGUACUUUGUACUUUACUUUUCACAUUUGAAAAUGUGUAUAAUACCUACCUCAUAGAUAUAUGUGAAGACUCAACGAGUGUAUAGAUCAGUGCCCUGCACACUGAUAAAACACUAAAAAUCACUUGACGUAUUUCUUAGAAUACUAAUGUAAUCCAUAAACCACUAGUAGGAUAAGAUUUAGAACACUAAUCAUAUGUUUUGCAUAUGUGAAUUGCUCCAGUUUGACCCUUACAAUCUCCAAAUACACUUCUAAGAAGGGCAGGCAAUUCUUUACAUAUGUUCACUUACUGUUUCCUUAAAGACUAACAGUCCGUGACCAAAAAAUACAUAUAUGUAUACAUAUGCAUUUAUAUACGUAAAGUCGUUUAUAUUGAGUUAAUCAGAAGAAAUAAUUUUCCUGUAGGUCAAUUGGCCUACAUCUCUAAAUCACAAAUUUAGCCAGUCCACAACCUAAAUUUUGUCGACCCUUCCUUUCAGCCUCCAUUAUUCUUAGUAAAAAAAAGUCUCAUGCUACUUAUUACUAGGAUAAAUAGCCAUUCAAGCCUCCAGUCACACAACAAAACUCCCCAACCUGACAGGGCUCAGACUGAGCCCGGCCCGGGGCAGUUUCCUCCCUACUCUCCCCCACUUCCGGGUGGUCUAGUCCUGUUCUCAGUCUGUUGUCUGCACUGAAUUCCAGUCAAGUUUUUCCUCCCAAUGUCCUGUAAGUUUUCUUGUACGUGCCGAGUGAAGAAAUUAUUGAAUCAGCAAAGAUUGAAAAUGCUGUCUUAAAAACUAAUAUGCAGGUCACAUAAAACCUUUUCACUGAACCCUCAUGUUUUCUUUCUUUACUCAUGUGAAAAGCCAUGCUUCUCAUCGCCCUCUUAAAGAGACUUUAUCCUGCCUAGUUGUCCGACAUCUCCACCCCAAGUGAGCAGGAGAGGUAGGAAUAGAAAAGAAAAAAACGCAAACCGGGUGACUCUGUUCCCCUAAUUUUAGAAUUUUUACAGCGUACAGCCUUGAAGAGCCUAAGGUAAGUGCUGAGCUAAAUGUGGGCUUCAGAUUACCGAAGCCCACAUUUGCUUAUCUGUCCAGUGGUGUAGAAAGGAAGACACGACACAAUAGUCGGUUAGGAUCUAAACAGGAAGCCACAACACUUAACACAGCCUAAGGAUCUCCCUUAGAGCCGAGAACCAGGAAGCAUUUUGUCUAAGGGACGUACAUAGGACACUUAACUACGUUGCCUGGCUUCCUUUUAGCCAGACUGUAACAAGGAUUAUACUCCUUAGAAGCCACUAUAGUGACUAUAGACUACCCAAGCUUAAAUUCAGACUUUAGGCAAAGUAUUUGCAGCUCUAAUUACUGACAAUGUAGGUGGCUCUUAAAAGAGCCUUUGGGAUCGAACUUUA